ACUACGUAGUUUUUUUUCAUAGUUAUGAUUUUAUCUAAUUACAAGAACAUCUAAAAAACAACGGGGAGAAAUGAUAGUGUUUAAUGUUUGGUCACUUCUUCAAUGGUAUUUACGACCUAUAAUUAAAUGGUUAUUGAGGAAAACAACCAAACUGUGUGAACUUCAAAGAAUAUGCUACGGUGACAAAGCUGGUGCUGCAAGGACUUGCAAUGUAGAAAAGUCAUUAAUGUUGUCACGAACCAGAGAUGUACAAGAAGUUGUUUCUUUCUUAGAUGCUGUAGUUUUAGAAAAACGGUUCACUCCGAAUAAUUUUUACAGCAUUCUUGACCCCUCUGUGUCUAUCAUAAUAAGGGUAAAAAAGAUAAAUCCUAAAUUGCAUGGUUCCUUCAUCGUGUCAUUUAGACGAUGUUUAGAACAAAUAUGGAGUUACAGAAGCUUAGUAAAUGAAAUAGAAGAAUUAAGAAAAACACAAUUUGAUAGUAACAAUGUCGAACAUGAAGAGAAAUUGGUGAGACUAUGGUCACUUUUGGUCCCUCAAGAACCAUUAGAAUCCCGCAUCACAAAGCAAUGGCAAUACAUAGGGUUUCAGGGUGAUGAUCCAAAGACUGAUUUUCGUGGUAUGGGACUUCUUGGAUUAGAAAACUUGUUGUUCUUUGCAUCAGCAUAUCCACAGGCGUCAAGCCAUGUACUUAGUCACUCUCAGCACCCAAAAUAUGGUUAUACAUUUGCAAUAGUUGGCAUUAACCUAACAUCAAUGGCAUAUUACCUGUUGAAAGAUGGAUCAGCUAAAACAUUUAUGUUUAAUGAUAAAUCAUGUCUGCCUAGCGCAACACUGUUUCACAAGUUUUACUGUUACCUAUUUUAUGAGUUUGACAAAAUGUGGAUAGAAUCUAAACCUCAAAAUAUUAUGGAGUUCUCUAUGAUAUUUAAAAAAUUUGAAAAUGCUAUUAGGAUAGAAUUGGCUGACCCAGCUUCAGUAUUUAGGAUAAAUAUUGAAGUGGAUACAGUGUAAUAUUAGUCAAAUUAUACAAGUAAGAUUUACUGAUGCAUGAUUGAUUUAUUGAAUUUCAAAAUGCUUGUAGGUUUGUAAAAUGCUUUAUCAUUUUAUAUUAGACUAUGUUUUAUGACAGUAAAGUAGUUUAGGAAACAUGAUUUAACUAAAAUGAUAGAACCUGUUGUGUCACCCAUUUUCACAACUUGGCACAGUUUUUUGAUUGCCUUCAAAAGUACCCUUUACUAUUAUUACCAUUGGAAUUACUCCUAUUUAGGAUUUGAUAUUGAAAGCAUUCUUAAAGGACUCCAUUGAUAAGCUCAUGCUAUCUAAUAACUAGUGUGCUAACUUUCAAAGGCUAUAAAGUUGAAAUGUAAUACUAUAUAGCUUGCGUUAAAUAUAUUUUUAUACACAUACAUAUCCUUUCAAGAAAAAUGGAUUUAAAAGCAUAUAUGUUAAAGGUCUUCAUAUAUAAGAUAGGAAAGAGUGCAAUAUUUAUUUUUUGUGCUUAUUAUGAAAUCAAAAGUAUAGUCAGGUACAAAAUUAGUUGAACAAAUUCAAAAUAUAAAUCACACAAUACAUAGGUUUUUUUUGUGUGUGUGAAAUAAAGUAAUCCCUUUUUCUGUGAAGAUUUUCUUUGAAAUAAUAAAAAAUUGUGCAGGUGAUUUGAAAUUUUUAAUUUGUCUGAGUACUUAUGUGGGUAUAUGUAGAUACAUACAAGCUUUUAAAUUUGAAUUAAUGUAAAUGCCAGCAUAAAACAAAUAAUAAAAAAGGACCCAGUGUGAGCCAGUGCUAUUAUUUGACUAAUUGGAAGUGGCAAUACAGAGCCAAUUACCAUUUUACUAGUUUCUAACAAAUAGUUGCCACACUUGUAUGGCUGUAGAUAAACUAGAUACAUAUUAUAACAAUGGCAAAUCGUUAUUGGAUAUGCAACGCAAUGUUUAUACUACUUGUGACUACUAAUCUAUUAUGGUGGCGUCCUGGGGCGAUUCGCCCCUGCCGCGCGGCCCGACUGUGCCACGGCAUUGAUUUCUAGGUAAUUGGGCCUUUGAUUGCACUUAUUUUGCCAUGUCAUUAAAUUAAGGAAUCUUAGUUCAAUCUUGUGUGGAUGCUUUGUGUAUCGUUAUGUACCUAUAGGUGACAUAAACAAAAAAAAAUAACAAUUAGUCACGUAUCAAUCUUAGCGUCGAUUUUAUUUAAUAGAUAAAAAUUUGUUUGAAAUUCGUACUAAUUAGGUAUUGAUUUUAAAAGGUUUAUUCUUACUGUUAGUCGGAACUCUGAAGCUUGUGAUUAGGAUGAUAACUGAAAUCGGCCAUAAGUGAUAUUUAUUUCCUGUAGCCAAAAAAUGUAUAGACAAAAUAUACCUAAUACCUACAGAAUACUUAUAUUACUAAACAAGAGCCUCAAUGGUAUUGCGGCUCACAAGCCAACUGAGAAAGAGAGCCGGCGCGCCGCGCCGGUUCGAUAACCGAGACCAAUAUUUGUGUAAUUGUGAUUUGCUCAUAUUUAUUUAAUGUUUGAGUAUGGGGUUGAAAAUCUCUUGAGUAGUUUCUGACACUAACGACUCACGAAUUAUAUAUUAGCGUAGUCAGGACUAUAUGUGCGACUGUUAGAUGAAUGUAAAUUAAUUUAUUGCAUCACGUAAAGGGCGUCCUCUGUACUAUAGUCACUAGGGUAUCCACAGGCUAGUUACAGACAUACGAACAUUUAACCUAUCUGCUAGUAUAGAGCAGAUUGAUUACUGUUGUAGUUAUAUUCAUACUUAGGAUGAAUAGUAAUUAGAUUAAAUGUAAUACGAUUUCAUUCACACAAUUACCAAUCGUUAAUCGUCAUUACAUUAUAAUUAGUACUCGCGAUAUGAUUACUUUUGCGAUUACAUUUCACGUUUGUUCGUGUUAGACAAGAGAGUUGUCCUAAAAUCUAAUUUCAGACAAGCAGUAAUAACAAAUCCCAAAGGGAACUAUUAGUAGGUACUUAUAUUAUAGAAUAACAUUUUAGAAAAUGGUUUGUGAAUAGACUUCAUUGCUCAUAAUAUUUUGUACUUGUGGAAAUGUUGAGUAAAAUAAUGCGCUGGAGGAUG